GCGCGCAUGCGCGGACGGGUCCUUCCCAUGUUUACCUGUCUGGGGCGCUUUAAUCACGUGGCUCCUCCUCCCACAGCGGUGACUGGGUCGGCAGGGUGGAGACUUUCUUCAAGUGUCACAACGAGGAAGAGAGCUUCUGUGUGAUUGGAGCUUGGCUGGGACUCUGAGUGAGCUGUACAGGGGCCACACUGUCAUUGAGAGGAUCCAGGGCCCCCAGGGGAGAUACAGAGUCCGGUAAAGAAAACAUUCUGCCAGCAUGACGCACUGGUUUCACCGUAACCCCUUGAAGGCAACCGCUCCGGUGUCAUUUAAUUUCUAUGGCGUGGCCUCCACCCAAGCGGCAUCGAAGAUCUGCAGUGAUCUCAGAAGUACAAGAGCGCGUCUAUUGGAACUUUUUACAGAUGCCACCUGUAACCCUGAUAUGAUGAAGAACGCAGCAGAUGCCUAUUUCUCCUUGCUGCUAGGUUUUAUUAAUUCACUGGAUGGUGGAACACAAGACAACAAGCUGCGAUACAUCCAGAACUUCAAGUGGACAGACACCCUGCAGGGCAACUCUCCGAGCUCUCAGCAAGAUGCCGUCUUUGAGCUGAUCUCCAUGGGGUUUAAUGUGGCUCUUUGGCACACCAAAUAUGCCUCCCGGCUGUCAGGGAAGGAAGACAUCACAGAAGAUGAGGCAAAAACAGUUCAUAAAAGUCUGAAGGUCGCAGCAGGCAUUUUCAAGCACUUGAAGGAAAGUCACAUUCCAAAACUUAUUACUCCAGCAGAAAAGGGUCGGGAUUUGGAGAGUCGGGUGAUUGAUGCUUAUAUCAUCCAGUGCCAAGCGGAAGCACAAGAAGUGACCAUUGCUCGAGCCAUCGAAUUGAAGCACAACCCAAGUCUGAUAGCCGCUUUGGCCCAAGAAACUGCCAGUUUCUACCAGAGAGUUGACCACACACUCAUCACCCUGGAUCCAGUUUAUAUAGUCAAGUGGAGAAGCUACACCCAGCUGAAAAUGUGUUUUUAUAUGGCCUAUGCUUACUGCUAUUACGGUCAGACAUUGCUGUCCAGUGACAAGUGUGGAGAGGCAGUCAGAUCCCUGCAGGAAGCUGAGAAACUUUAUGGUAAAGCGGAAGCUUUGUGUAAGGAUUAUGGGCAGACAAAGGGUCCCGGAACCACAGCCAAGCCCUCAGGACAUGUAUUCUUUAGGAAGCUGGGGACACAGGUGAAGAAUACGCUAGAGAAGUGCCAACGGGAGAAUGGAUUCAUCUAUUUCCAGAAGGUCCCGACAGAGUUACCAGAAAUGGAGCUUAAGGCCAAUUACGGCCUGGUGGAACCCGUGCCAUUCGAAUUUCCUGAAAUGAGCCCGCUGUGGACCCCGGAAACCCAAGCUGGCUUCGACCUGACCAAGAGGCCAAAAGAUGAUGGUGCUAAGCCCAAGAAAGAAGAGGAGAUAAAGCCAAUCAAGGAACCUGACAUAAAAGCACAGAAGGACAGUGGAUGUCAGAUCUCCUAACCCAGAAGACAGCACUCGGCAUCUCCACAACUUCUUCCCCUCAUUCCCUGGAUGUAGAAGGACUCUACUCUACUCUUCUAGAUAUAGACAAGGGAUUACUCAAACACACUUCAUCUGCAUACCUUAAAUUUCCCUUCUGA